AUGUCUGCAGUUUAUUCGCCGCAACAACCGCAGCAGUCUGCGCCCCCGGGUGCUGUGUUGCAACCGCCGCAGCCGUCUACGCCGACGUCUAUGCAACAGCAACAACAGCAGCAGCAACCACCGGGUGUCGGGCCCGGCGUGGGAGGAGUUGGCAUGGGCGGGCCAACAGGAGUGCCAAUGGGAGCAGGUGGUCCAAUGCAACGUGGGCCUCCGAUGGUUGGUAGCGGCGGCGGACCAGUCGGCCCACCAUCUUCCGUUGGCGGUGGCGGUAUGAUGGGUGGAGUAGCACCUCCACCCUCAGGUCAACGUGGUGGUAUGCCACCUUCACCCAGUCCAGCACAAAUACAAAAAAUACUUGAUGACAAUUGUGGUCUUAUACAAACAAUACAAGAUUUUCAAACGAUGGGCAAAGCGCAGGAGUGUAUGACUUACCACAUGGCCCUACAUAGAAAUCUCGUCUACUUAGCACAAUUAGCUGAUCCAACAAUGAAUAUAGCGCAAAUAUUGCCGCAUCCACAUGUUCUUCAACAGCAAGCAGCUCAGCAGCAAGGUCCACACGGUAUGAUGGGCGUGCCCCAACCGCCACAACAAGGUGGUCCACCAUCGGUCGCAAAUCAACAACAAAUUAGUGGAAUGCCACCAAUGUCUCAUGCGGAUGGCAAUGUUCAAACUCAAACAGGAGCUCAAAUGACCUACGGCGGUCAGGCACCGCAAUCGCAUCCAGGAAUGGCACCGAAUUCCCAACAAGCCCAACAAGGUCCCCCACAACAAGGAAUGAAUUCGCAGCAAACUGGACAGCAGCAGACACAACAGCAAGGUGUUGCCUAUAGAGGAAAUGCAACACCGCAAACAGCAAACCAACAACAGCCAGGUGCGCCAAAUUCUGGUUCGAGUCAACAACGACCAAAUGUUCAAUCUGGACAGCCGGGUCAAGGACCGCAACAGCAGCAGCAGUCUCCUUCCCAACAACAACAACAGCAACAAGGUCCUCCACCUCAAGCGCAGUAUCGUGGUGGCUACCAACAACAACAACACAGUCACUACCCUGGCUAUCCACCACAAAGUCAACCAUCAUACCAACCACAGACCGGUUACCCUUACGGACCGCCCACUCAAGGCUACGGCCCACCACCGCCUAAUGCCCAAGGAGGUUAUCAUCAUACCGGUAUGCCGCCAACGUCAUCGACAGCAGGCGGUCCUCCGGGACAACAUGCUUACGCUAACGCAAGCAGCCAGCAAGGCCCACCCGGCGCAUAUCCUCCACCACCUCCGAAUCAACAAGUUCCGCCGGGUCAACAGCCGCCACCUUCUCAAAUGUAUGGUCCACCCUCCAGUGGACAAGGUCCACCACCACCAAACCAAUACGGGCCACCACAAGCUGGCAACAAUGCACCCCCACCAAUGGCAUACGGUGGUUAUGGUGGUCCUCCGCCAAGCGGGUAUGGUCAGGCAUCGAAUGCAUUGCCCGGUGGUUAUGGGCCGCCUCCACAAAAUCCAGCACAAUCACCCUAUCCCCCACAGUCACCAUACCAACAAAGUGGUACGCCAGGAGGAUAUCCGGGGCAGACGCCGCAGCAGCCACAAACAUCGCAAGGCACAAGCGGUGGUUAUAGUUCCUCGCCAAGUCCAGGUCAAACGCCACCGCCACCUUCAAAUCAACAAGCGCCAAACACGGCUAAUCCGAAUGGACCUAAUGCCCCGCCAGUAAGUGGGCAAUCCACUUCCCCCUCUACUUCGUCAGGGAACAUUGGUGUAAAUAGUGGUCCGCCAAAUCAGCAAACACCACCUACUCAACAACAACAGCAGCAGCAGCAACAACAGCAACAACAAUACGGUAACCAACAGCCACCAGUUUCAAGUGGACCGCCACAACCACUCGGCUCUACUCCACAGCAACAACAGUCUGUUUAUUCAUCGGCCGGUGCGCCUGCAGGAGGUCCAUCACCAUAUGGAACGCCAACACAACAGCAGCAACCGCCAGGACCAAAUGGACCACCUACGGGGCCACCAAAUACUACAGCGCCGCCAAAUGGUACGCCACCAAUGCCCAAUCAACAAUAUCAACCACCACCAACAGGUCAGCCAUACGGUGCGCCGCCACCACAAGCCUAUGGCCCACCACCACCCGGUGGUGGAUAUCCAGGUCAUGGCUAUCAUCAACCACAAGGCGGAUAUGGAGCUAUCCCACAAGGACAAUAUCCACCUUCUCAAGGUUAUCAGGGAUAUAGACCAACGGGUGGACAAAUGCCACCGCCAGGCGCACCACAAGGACCGCCAGCAAACGCGUAUUCAUAUUACGGUAACCAACCGCCACAAUAAGUGAAAGCACUGCACAGGGGUGAAGGAAAGUAAUUGCGAAAUUUAUAAACUAACAAACAUAUUAUUUAUAUGCAUAUAGUCAUAUAGGGAAGUAUUAAUUUAUAUAUAUAUUCCCAUUGAUAAUGAAUUGAUAAAAGGAAACUAAAAAAGGCAAAUUCAAUAGAUUAUAUACUCAAUCUCAAAACAACGUCGAAUCGCGUUUAAAGCAUUUCAAAUUGUUGAAAACAGCGUGUUCUGUAUAGCCAAAAUGAUAAGAAAAUAAAGCAUCCAAGAUAUUGUGCUAAUUGGUUUAUGGAUUCAAAAUUUAAUAAAAUGGUUAUUUUGUAAAAUUUUAUAAAAUAUGGUCAAAUCACUCAGCCAGUAUCUCCAUUAAUAGUUUGACCAAUGAAAAUAAGCUUAAACUCUUCAUUAUGCAAUACUUAAUAAAAUUCAUAAAAAUUACAUAUGAAUUGGGCUCCAUUACAAGCGAGUUAAAUUUUCGACAUUUGGUUGAUGGAUAUUGACUAUCCUAAGAUGUAGUGAAGAUAUCAAGCGUUUCGAAAUUAAAAUUAGAUACAUUAAAUAGUUCUUGAAAAUUACGCGAUUGAAUAUGUAUUAAAGAAAAAAAACUAAAAAUAAAAAAACAAGCAGCGCGAUUUCGAUAGGCGAAAAAUCAUAUGGGAAAAUUUAGAAAUCUGAUUAAAAGUUGUUUCCACACAAUAUUAAGCAUAAAGAUAUUUAAAAAAAAAAAAAGCGUAGGUCCAAGUAAUGAAAAAUAUAUGCAUAUACAUUAAAUAUUGUUUAUAAAGCUACGUAUCCUAAUCAAAUAAUAUACGAAUACGCAUUCCCAUUAUACUUAUUACGUAAAACAUAUUGAACGGAAUGUCGGGUAUUUGAUCCGCAUACAUACAUAUAACAUAUAACAAAUAUUGAGAUGGUUGAUAAAUAUGCAACAUUAGACUUAAUCGAUAAUCUAUAAUAGUAUAUUAGUUUACGUUUGAUUGACAAGCCGAAAGGCGAAUUAAUUUUUUUUUAUUCAUGUUUAAUACCGCUACUAUCCUAAUAAAUAUGUCUAUGUGUAUGCGUCACAUUUAUACAAAA